UGGCUGUGGGCUGCUGGGUGUGGGCAUCUGGCUGUCAGUGUCUCAAGGAAACUUCGCCACGUUUUCUCCUAGCUUUCCGUCGCUUUCAGCUGCCAACCUAGUCAUUGCCAUUGGCACAGUCAUCAUGGUGACCGGCUUUCUGGGCUGCCUAGGUGCUAUCAAGGAAAACAAGUGCCUCCUGCUGAGUUUUUUCAUCGUUUUGCUGAUAAUUCUCCUGGCAGAGCUGAUAUUACUCAUUUUGUUCUUUGUUUAUAUGGACAAGGUCAGUGAGAGUGCAAAGAAGGAUUUGAAGGAAGGUAUGAAGCUAUACAAUUCAGAAAAUAAUGUUGGACUGAAAAAUGCAUGGAAUAUCAUUCAAGCAGAGAUGAAAUGCUGUGGUGUGAAUGACUUUACGGAUUGGUACCCAGUGCUGGGAGAAAACACUGUCCCAGACCGAUGUUGUAUGGAAAACUCACAAGACUGUGGACGGAACUCCACUGAAUUAGUGUGGAAAACAGGAUGUUAUGAGAGAAUUAUGACCUGGUUUGAUGAGAAUAAGCAUGUCCUUGGUUCGAUUGGGCUGUGCAUCCUCAUAAUGCAGAUUCUUGGCAUGGCCUUCUCCAUGACGCUCUUCCAGCAGAUUCACAGGACUGGCAAAAAAUAUGAUGCCUAAAGCCUCUGAAACAUUAUCACAUCAACCCCUCUGUCACAUCAUAAAAAUGAACAAAAGGAAUGACUGCAAAGAGUAUCAAGCCUAGCCCUGCUGAGGGAAUCCUUCCCAUUGACCGAUCUACUUUGUUCUUACUUGUCCAGUUAUUAUCACAACUUAUUUGACUCAUUUUCUUGUCUGUUUCACAUUUGCCAUUUAUUUGCCAAAGAGGGGAUCAACCCCCAAACAAAUGGAUUUUCUACAUGAAAUCAUAGAUCCGCUCUAAGAAUGUUUCUUAACUUAAGAAAAUGUUUUGCUCUACUAAUCCAUGCUAUAUGUGCAAAAAUU